GAAGUCAAAGGGAGAACACGUCUCCUCUUUUUUAUGUCUUUACCCACAGGUUCCUCGAAUUAUCCUGUGGCUGAUGGUCGAGCUUGCCAUCAUUGGAUCUGAUAUGCAAGAAGUCAUUGGCUCAGCGAUUGCCAUUAACCUCCUGUCUGUGGGGAAGAUCCCGCUGUGGGGCGGCGUGCUCAUCACCAUCGCUGACACGUUUGUGUUCCUCUUCCUGGACAAAUACGGCUUGCGGAAGCUGGAAGCGUUGUUUGGGUUUCUGAUUACCAUCAUGGCUCUAACGUUUGGAUACGAGUACAUCACCGUAAAACCCGACCAGGGGAAGCUGCUGCAGGGGCUGUUCGUCCCCUACUGCCAGAACUGCGGCACGCCGCAGCUGGAGCAGGCCGUGGGCAUCGUGGGUGCCGUCAUCAUGCCGCACAACAUGUACCUGCACUCGGCCUUGGUCAAGUCCCGGCAAGUGAACCGUGCAAACAAAAGGGAAGUCCAAGAAGCUAACAAGUAUUUCUUCAUUGAGUCCUGCAUAGCUCUCUUCGUCUCCUUCAUCAUCAAUAUCUUCGUGGUGACUGUCUUCGCCGAGGCGUUCUUCGAGAAGACGAACGCGGACGUGAACAACGUCUGCAUGAACACCAGCAGCCCCCACUCCUCACUCUUCCCAAACAACAACCAGACGCUGGAAGUGGACAUCUACAAAGGGGGUGUCGUCCUGGGGUGUUACUUUGGCCCUGCUGCUCUCUACAUCUGGGCCAUCGGGAUCCUCGCUGCCGGCCAGAGCUCAACGAUGACGGGGACGUACUCUGGGCAGUUUGUCAUGGAGGGCUUCCUGAACCUGCGGUGGUCUCGCUUUGCCCGGGUGCUGCUGACGCGCUCCAUCGCCAUCACCCCCACGCUCUUCGUGUCCAUCUUCCAGGAUGUGGAACACCUCACUGGCAUGAACGACUUCUUAAACGUUCUUAUGAGCCUCCAGCUUCCCUUCGCUUUGAUCCCUGUCCUGACCUUCACCAGCCUGCCCAGUGUCAUGAAUGACUUUGCCAACGGAUUGUUCUGGAAGGUGGCUGGAGGCCUCCUGAUCCUCCUCAUCUGCAGCAUUAACAUGUACUUUGUGGUGGCCUAUGUCAUGUCCCUGAACCACUUGGCUUUAUACAUUGGGGCUGCAGUUCUCAGUGUGGUCUACCUGUCCUUCGUGGCAUACUUG